UGCUCGAACAACAACAACGUCUGCCCCAACAACAACAACGCCUGCUCCAACAACAACAACGUCUGCUCCAACAACAAAUACGCCUGCUCCAACAACAAAAAUGCCUGCCCCAACAACAACAACGCCUUCUCCAACAACAACAACGUCUGCCACAACAACACCUGCUCCAACAACAACAACGUCUGCCCCAACAACAACAACGCCUGCUCCAACAACAACAACGUCUGCUCCAACAACAAAUACGCCUGCUCCAACAACAACAAUGCCUGCUCCAACAACAACAACACCUGCUCCAACAAGAGCAAUGUCUGCUCCAACAACAACAACGCCUGCUCCAACAACAACAACGUCUGCCCCAACAACAACACCUGCUCCAACAACGUCUGCCCCAACAACAACAACAACAACAACGUCUGCCACAACAACAACAACAACAACAACAACGUCUGCCCCAACAACAACAACAACAACAACAACGUCUGCCCCAACAACAACAACAACAACAACAACGUCUGCCCAAACAACAACGUCUGCUCCAACAACAACAACACCUGCUUCAACAACAGCAACGUCUGCUCCAACAACAGCAACGUCUGCUCCAACCACAACAACGCCUGCUCCAACAACAACAAUGCCUGCUCCAACAACACCAACGUCUGCCCCAACAACAACAACAACGUCUGCUCCAACAACAACAACACCUGCUCCAACAACAACAACAACAACAACAACAAUGCCUGCUCCAACAACAACACCUGCUCAGAUUACAACAACGGCAGCAACAUCUGGUCUGACUGCUCUGAAUGCUAGUUUCAAUGUGAGCAUAACAGAAAAAUGUUUUCCC